GCGCAUGCGUAUGACAUCUUUUUAAUAAACGUCAUUGUUUUGGUUGUGGUUUGUGAAGUGGUUGGAAUUCUAUGUAUUUUUAAUAAAGAAAACAACCUUCAAAUAACUUAAUUAAAUAAAAAAUGGAAGACGAAGAUGAAUUAUUACAAAGUGCGACGUGUACGGACGAAGAAUCUUUAUCCGAAAGUGAAGAUCAAUGUAUACCGCAAGAAAAACCGGAAGAAACAGACCUGGUUCAACACCUUUACACAGACCACACAAAAUUCGAAUUUUUCGUCGUAAAAUCUUUGCUAAUCCUCUCAUCUACCGCUAUUAUAAUCCUUCUACCACUCUAUUUAGACUCAAUUAAUAAAAACAGCGACGUUUUUGUAAUGUUUAAUUUUACAUCGAUCGCAACAUGUGUUUUAAUCGCGUUUAUAACAUUUUCCACUCGAAGAUUUUGUCCAAAAAUAAAAAAUAUUAAUUUAUGUAAACCACCUUUGGGUUGGAGCAAAAUAAUCUUAAUGUUAAUGAUUUAUUUGUUAAUGGGAUUUAUGAUCGUUUUUGCUGUUGAUAGGAAAAGGGUGAUGUGUCACCUUCAGGACCCUAUAAAAGGGGUUGUUUUGGUCUUUUCUUUGGUUAAUUAUUUUUUCUUUUGCCAAAAAAUGAUGGGACUACAAAGAAUAUUUUCAGCGACAACCAUAAUCGUUGGUCUUUUUAUAACCGUCGAUUAUGGAUUGUGCGACGAAUUUCGAUGUAGAGGCAACGAAAGAGAACAUAGAUCUGACGACGCUGGAAAUUGGUCAUGGCAAACACAUUCCAUUUGGGCUGCUAUUUAUAUUGUGGGGUUAUAUUUAUUUGCAACAUUUUACACUUUAUUGGAUCGAUAUUUAAUUAGUUCUGAAACGAUUAUACCAUCUAGUUUAUCGAACCAUCUUUUAGCAACUAUUUCAAGAAUCGUUGCCUUUCAAAACUCAACAUCACAAUUACGAACGAUCACAACAAGUUCAAACAAAAAAAAUAUGUCUCCGUUACAUUUUGUGCUAUAUUUGCAAGGAUUUUCAAUGAUUAUUUCUUGUUUGGUUGUUUUUCUUGAUGUUGUACCUUUUAUAGGGGCGGUUGAUACUUUUCCACAAUUAGGAGAAUUUUUACGUUAUGGCUUUUUAUGCCACUUUAGUUUCAGUGAAAACUCACCAACGUGUGGUUACACAGCUGUAUACGGAUGGUUAUUUAUUGUAGCUUAUUUAAUAUUUUUGCUUUGUUCAAUACGGUUCUUAAUUUUGUGCCAAUCAGCUGUUUAUACGCUGGCUACAAUGACAACAUCUUUACCUCUGGUUGGUAUUUGGUGGUCUUUAUUCAAAAUGGAUUCAACUCAAAUAGGUUUAUUAGAUUGGUCUCCUUCAGUAACUGGUGAAUUAAUUUGCGCAUUAUUGGGAUUACCGAUAGUAAUAAUAGGUUUAACUCUUUUAUGUAAAAAUCAUUUUAGGGAUUGUAAACUCUCGAAAAUGAAUAUGCCAUGUUUAACAGCAACUCAAUUAGCAUAAUUUUUCUGUAAAUUUAUUUAAUUUUUAAUAAGCUUAGCGUGAGAGAAACGUUUUAACGAGUUUCACCAAGGGGAGGAAAUAAAAUAAAAGUAACCAACAAUUAAAAGAGAAAUAUUUAAAAAAAGACAAAAAUCGUUGCUUCCACAGUAGUUUUUAAAAAUAACCACGUUGCGAGACACAGUUUUAGCGACGCGCUCAGUUUUUUAGCUUGGAGGUAUUAUUUUUGUACAAUAUUAAAUAAACAUAAAAAAAAAUUGUUAUAGAACAUCGAUGUAGACCGCGCAGCGCAGCAAAAACGAAUACAGUUCAAAUUAUAUUAUUAUAACAAAUAAAAUGAAGUCAAAGUAUAAGAGAAUAUUUUUAAUAGGCAUUUAUAUAAUAGAGGAACGAUAUUUCUCAUUAAUAAAUAAUAAUUGAUAAAAAAAUCGGGAGUCUCGAGGUAUUUUUCUCAAAACUGUUCUUUUUUGAAACUAUUCUUUUUUCGACGUUUGUUAUCGAUGUGCCAAAUGCAACUUAUAGAUUAUGAAUUAUAAAGAUAUACAUUAUUAUUACAAUAUUUAAUCAAAAAAUUAAAAUAACGUAUCGAAACGCUUAACAAUAACAUUAAAAAUAA